AUGGGCGAGGAGUUCAGGAGGGAGGGAGCCAGCCCGCCCGCCGGGGUGCAGCGCUCGCCCCUCCGGCUGUCGUGCCGGCGCGCAGCGCGCUCCGCUCCGGUAAGGACCGAGGGGAGGACGCGGGAGCGGAGUGAGCCGGGGGAGGGGGUAGGACGGGGAGCGGCCCAGGUGCUGUGUUCUGCCCCGCCCGAUAACUUCGCGGGAGCCCGGCGGCCGCCGCUGCCCUCCCCGGGGCAGGCAGGCGCCGCGCCGGGCGAGUGCCGCGGGGCAGGUGAGCCGCGGUGCGGGGCUGCCCCUGCGUGGCCGGGCUCCGCCGGAUGCCCGCACCGCAGGACGGCCGCCCAGUCGCCGCCGCGGGCAGGGGCAGGACAGGGCGGGCGGAGCACGGUGAGCGCUCCAGCGCUGCUCUCGGCGGCGGCCGCGCUGGUUGAGCGCUCUGCGCUGCGCCCUUUCCUGCGGGAGCCUCCGCGGGCGCGGCGGGAGCGCGGAGCGGGGCCGGAGGCAGCAGCGCCCGCGGCUGUUUAG